UUUAUGAGGUGGAGUAACCGGCUGAGAACGGCUGGCAUUCAUAUAGGAGGAUAAAGAGAGAAAAGGCACAACUUGUGGCAUUCUUUUAAAUAUAUUUUUUCAUAUAAAUAUGGUGCUUUUCUACAUGGAAAACCUGAAAUGUUGGAAAAACUCGUAUUUCUCUCUAAGAAUUCUGUUAAAAUUAACUCUGAAAAGGUGGCAUCAGAAAUUAUGUAUGUUGAAAUCCAAUACAUUAUUUAUAUUCACCAAAAUUUUGUGUUGCAUGAUCGUGGUUACAAUAAAAUAUUGUUUUGUUAGAAAACAAACAAUUAAGCAUGGCAAAAAUAACUCGACGUGGAGCUGAAUUUGUUGACACAGAUUUAAUUUCACAAUCAAUCGAAAAUUUAACAUUAGAAUUUGGACCAUCUGAAACAGUACAUCAAUGGUCAAAGUUGCCAGAAUGUGAUGACCUUGUUGGUUCCAAACGCAGUAAACAUACAGUGGUUGCAUGGGGUGAACUUUUAUAUGUGUUUGGUGGGGAUAAUGGCAAACGCAUGUUAAAUGAUUUGUUGCGGUUUGACAUUAAAGAUUGUUCAUGGGGGCGUGUUGUUACUACUGGAGUACCACCAGCUCCGCGUUAUCAUCAUUCUGCAGUAGUUUUUGCAAACAGUAUGUUUGUCUUUGGUGGAUACACAGGUGAUAUAUAUUCUAAUUCCAAUUUGAGGAACAAAAAUGAUUUAUUUGAGUAUCGUUUUAAUACUGGUCAAUGGAUUGAGUGGCAGGUUACGGGAAGUAUGCCAGUUGCACGAUCAGCACAUGGAGCUGUUGUUUACAAAAAUUGCAUGUGGAUUUUUGCUGGCUAUGAUGGUAAUGCUAGGUUAAAUGACAUGUGGAACAUUUGUCUCUCUGAUCCAACUCCAACAUGGGCUGAGGUUCAACAAGUUGGCAAACGACCUCCAACAUGUUGUAACUUCCCAGUUGCAGUUGCGAAAGACUCCAUGUUUGUCUUCUCUGGACAAAGUGGAGCAAAAAUCACCAACGACCUGUUCCAAUUUCAUUUCAUCGACAGAAAAUGGACACGCAUUACAACAGAACAUCUUUUAAAAGGAACCCCACCACCUCCAUCUAGAAGAUAUGGCCAUACUAUGGUUGCACACGAUACUCACUUAUACGUGUUUGGUGGUGCAGCUGAUAACUACUUACCAAACGAUUUGUUUUGGUAUGACCUUGAAACAGAGACGUGGGAUGUUGUACAAACUGUUGGUGAGAUACCCAGUGGUCGUUUAUUUCACCAUGCUGACGUGAUAGAUAAUCAUAUGUACAUUUUUGGUGGUACAGUUGACAACAAUGUGCGGAGUGGUGAAUUGUACUUCUUUACGUUUUCAAACUAUCAAAGAUGCACGCUUCAUGACGAUUUUGGACGUAUUCUUGAGAGCAGACAGUUUUGCGACAUGGAAUUUAGACUGGAUGAUGGACAGCCAAACAUUGAAGCUCAUAUACCAAUUGUGGCUGCACGAUCAGCAUGGUUACAGGAGCAAAUAAAGUUGUCGUUAGCAGCUGCAAAAUCCUCUAAUAUUUCUGAUUGUGAUAUGGAACGGCCUUCUGACGACGCAACGUAUCGUAGAACUACUUCAACAUCUGGUAACAUAUACGUCAAUCUGGUUGGGGUGGAUAGAUAUGCUUUUAAAGUGGUUCUCUGGUUCAUUUAUACUGACCAGAUUUUUCCUUACAUAAAAGACGAACAUGGUGCAACGACAGAUGUGAUGAAAUUAAUGAUGGACGUGUACAACCAAGCAGUAAAGUUUGAGCUACCGAGACUAAAGCUGUUAUGUGAACAGUACAUCGAAGCCUCGAUUUCCACAAAAAAUGUUUUAGUGGCUUUAGAAUGCGCUGAAGAACUUGGCUUAGAAUUCAUAAAGGAGUUUUGUUUACGUUUUAUUGUUCGUGAAGUUCACUACAAUCAAAUUGUGAUGGGAAAAGAUUUUGAACUGUUGGAUAAAACUUUGAUGAUUGAAAUUGUACGUAGAAAGCAGUUACAACAGCAACAUCCUGUUUUAGAUUCACCAAAUUUAUCUGCAAAGAAUGUACCAACCCUGGCAGAUGAUUUGAAGAAGUUAUUGUCAUCCAGUGAACUGAGCCGGUUCAGUGAUUUUAAGCUUUGUUUACAUGGAAAGGAAUACAAAUCUCACAAGGUUGUACUGGCCGCCCGUAGCAGCUAUUUUGAAGCGAUGUUUCGUUCCUUCUCGCCACCUGAAAGGAGGUCGCAGAUUACAAUUGGAGAUAUGAUUCCGUCAGAACAAUCUUUUAACACUUUGCUCAGAUAUAUUUAUUACGGAGAUGUGACCAUGCCGCCUGAAGAUUCACUAUAUUUAUUUUCUGCUCCGUUCUAUUAUGGCUUCACAAAUAGUCGUUUACAGGCCUAUUGCAAGCAAAACUUGGAAAUGAAUGUGACGAACAGAAAUGUAAUACAAAUAUUAGAAGCGUCGCACGGUAUCGGCGCUAUGGAUAUGAAACGCCACGCUCUUAGUAUUAUCGUACAACAAUUUCCGAAAGUCGCACGACUGCCGGAUAUAAGACGUCUAAAACAAGAACUAUUAUUGGAUAUAUUAGACGCGAUUGCAGAAUAUAUGUCACCGCCCGCAAGUAAUGAAAUUAUUUCUGUCGUAUCAACGUAUGCGACUGAGAGGUGAUGUUCUCAAGACUGUCCUAUGGUGUAGGUAUCGUGUAGGUAAAUCCCUUCUUACUUUUUGAACCUACCUGGUGCAAGUGAGCACCUAUGAAAUAACGUGUUUCCGUCCGUCCGUUACCAGCUUUUCUCAAAA